AUGUGGACAAUGAGUGCGCUGAACGACUUCCGCGACCAGACUUUCGGUGAUAACUCAUACGACACGACGACGAGCGCGAAGAUUAAGUCCGCGAAAGCCAUAGACCGCAGGUUUACCGCCGAAGACGUGGUCGUGAAACAAGAGAAAGUGGACAUCACUUCCGCGCCCACGAACGCCGGUCAGCCACCCGUCCCCUCAGUAUUGCAAACUGUGAGUCCCGGUGCCCGACAUGCGAUCAAUCUAAUGCCUGUCAGCGAAUUGCAAGAGUUGUGCGCAAAGAAUGGUCUCAAGAAUCCGGAAUACCGUUUGACGCGUACGGAAGGCAACUCUCACUCACCCUUCUUCACCAUUGAAUGCCUUUUAAGUGGUGUGGUUAUAGGCGAAGGAAUCGCCAAAACGAAGAAAGGGGCCAAACAUAGCGCCGCCCAAAAGGGCUUGGAGUUCAUCAAACAACAGUCACUGGAGGUGCGAACGGACAUUAGCGCCGACUUCACCCAAUUACGGAUCAUUGAGUCCGACAAAUGCGACUCCGGCAUCGAUUCGGGCGCCUCGACGGCCGACAAAUCCGAAGUGCAAAAGACUUUCGACGGGUCGGACGGCUCGCGACUGACGGCGCAGUCGAACGCUGUCAGCGUUUUGCAGGAGUUCUGCGCGAAGAACGGCUUCCAGACGCCGGUCUACUCGGAGCUGAAGAGGGACGGCGCCUGUCAUGAACCCGUCUUCUGGAUCAAGUGUCAGAUAGUGUUCGGUUCAGAACCCAUUGUCGGCAACGCUUCCGGCAAAACGAAACAGUCGGCCAAACGGGCCUCGGCUGAGGAGGUGCUCAAAAUGCUGCAGCAGAGAGAGUACCCACUGUUUCCGGUGAACACCGUUCAGAAAAAGAAAUCGAGACACAAUUCGCAACAAAUACUGGACCCGAAUGUGGAGGAGAAGAAGGAGACCAAAGAGUACGUGGAGUUCAUCGAAGAGCUCCAGUGCCACGACCUGACGGCCCUAUUCGAGGCCACCGACAAAGACUACUGUCUGCGACUCAAUCUGAUCGCCGAGAAGUUGAAUUGUUUCGCCAAUUACUUGACGCUAACGGAGAGCAACUCGAAGACCAAUACGUGGAAGUGUUUGGUGCAACUCAAGAGGAAUACGGCGCUCACUAAGAGGUUACCGGUGUUUGUCUCGUGGGGUAACAGCACUGUCAACGCGGACGAGGCCAUGCAAAAGGCCGCCCAAAGGGCUAUCAUUAUGGUGAAAGUGCUUAAGAUGUAGACGCGGUUGUGUAUGUGUGUGUUGUAUUGGUGGUGACCCCCUCC